AAGGCCGCUGUUGCCAGGCCCGGGCCCGCCUGCCCGCGUUACUAUGGCGGCCGCAGCGGCGGCGGUGAGCGGCCGGUCCCUCACCAUGAGCAGGAAGAGGCUGCAGCAGCUGGUGGACGCCCUGGGCCACUCCACUAAGCACUUUAAUAAAAGUGAAGUGGAAUGUCUGAUCAAGCUCUUCAACAAGCUGGUGGCCGAGUCCAGCAGCCGCUUUGCUGCAGCCGGCUUUGACCGUAACAUGUUCAGAGACGUUCUGCACAGCGCGUUUGGCAUGACGGAUGAGAUGAUGAUGGACAGAGUGUUCCACACUUUUGAUAGAGAUAAGAACAGCUGCAUCAGUGCGACGGAAUGGGUGGAAGGCUUAUCAGUAUUUCUUCGGGGGACACUAGAAGAAAAGAUCGAAUACUGUUUUGAGGUAUAUGACUUGAAUGGUGAUGGAUACAUUUCACGAGAGGAAAUGUUUCAAAUGCUGAAAAACUGUCUUCUCAAACAACCAUCCGAAGAAGAUCCUGAUGAAGGAAUUAAGGACUUGGUAGACAUAGCAAUGAAGAAAAUGGACUAUGAUCAUGAUGGCAAGCUUUCUUUUAAGGAUUUUGAAAAAGCAGUCAGAGAUGAAAAUCUUCUCUUAGAAGCCUUUGGACCAUGUUUGCCAGACAUAAAGAGUCGUAUGGCAUUUGAGCAGAAAACCUUCCGGGAAAGCUCGUAAACUGUUAACUCCCAGUGGAAUACUGCUAAACUAGGUACAAGUAUCACACUGGAUUCUGCAGGACUACCUGCAAAGUUAUUCCUCCUCCCCAUGUGAAAAGAAAAAGGUGUAGUUUACUAAAAAUCAUGCAGGACCAUGCACUGACAUUUGUAUUUUCUGAAGUGUUGUGUCAGAGGUAUGGAGUAGAAUCGCCUGCAAUAUUCUGCAUUAUGGAAGAGCUAAACAGUAAGAACGCUAGCUUUAAGUGACAAAUAAAUUGAUAAUACU